CCGGGGCAGUUCCGAGGCGGGCUCUCGGCUCGCGCUCCGGCGCCCGAAGCAUCUUUAGGUGCGCGACACAGAGUCUCGGGGAGAGUCCGGAUCCUCCCUUCCGCGGUCAGCGGCCACCACCUGGCCUCACGGCCGCUUUGCCAGUGUCCGGCCUCCAUCGGCGCCCGCCGGAGGUCGUCACCGGCCGCCGAGGCCGAGAGGCCGCCACCCCCGAGUAUCCCGGCGACGGCGCGGGCGCGGGGGCCUGCGGGGCGGAGCAGCCGAGGCAGGCGGCGGAACCACUGAGCUAAAUCCCCAGCCCUGGGAUGAAAUGUUCAUGACUUGGAUGCCCAAGGACGACCGUCUGCUCAGGUUGGUAAAAAUUUGGAUGCAAUAAAAAACUCAAAAAUGAGAAAAAAAUUUAAAUGAACAUAGUUUGGAGGCAUAAGAACAAAUUGAAGACCAUACAAACAGAAUUACAGAAGAAAUGAGAGGAAAAAAUCAGAGAAAAUGGUACUGGAAACAAAAAUAUUUGAAUAGUGGGAAGGCUUGAUGUAAGUCCAAUGAGAGUAGAUGAAAGAGACAAAGAUAAACUCAAUUUAAAAGAAUCUGACAUAGACGACAAAACACAAUCAGGCACUUAAAAUUAUUGGAAUCCCUGAUAGAGAGAAAUUAACAAAGGUGACAGAAAUGCAAAAAAAAAAAAAAAGAAGAAGAAGAAAAGAAAUCUUGCUGGGCCGGGGAUUUAGCUCAGUGACACCGCACCUGCCUUGAAAGCACAAAGUCCUGAGUUCGAUUCUUAGUACCAAAGGGGAAAAAGAAAAAAGAAAUCUUGCCGAAAUGAAGAAAAAAAUGGCCUGUAGACCCAAAGAACUUGUGAUAAUCCAGGAAAAUUUCACAUGAGAGUGCUCAGCACUAAGACAUCUUCAGUGGUUUUGAUUCAAAGGAAAAACUAGGAACACAGGAAGAAAAAAGAAAAGAGGGGGAAACAAAAUCAAGCUGGCCUCAGACUGGCUAGUGUAAUGGAAAACACCAGAAGCUAAUAAUUCCAAAGAGAAAUCUCCCAGGGAAGGAAACUUCCCAAAGGCAGUGGUGGCCGAAUGAACCCAUGGCACACAAGUUAUUAUGUUUUUCUUUUAAGACAACAAAUGUGGGGCCAGGGAUUUAGCUCAGUGGUUUCGCUGCCUGCUACACAAGCGCAAGGACCUGAGUUCGAUCCCUGGUACCAAAAAAAAAAAAACAAAAGAUGUUAAUGUGAAGUUGUUUUUUCUAGACUCAAACUUCAGUAUGCAGGCUUAAUUGCAGUGUUGGCACUUUGUGUGUGAUAAAUAAGUGGGUUUGGGAUUGCAGUUUGGCACUUUCUGUCCUGCGGGGUAUUUUGUCCUGGGCAGUGGUAUGUGGGGUGGAGAUGCAGCUCAGUGGCAGAGCACUUGCCCAGCAUGCACAAAGCCUGGGCUCAGGCUCCAGCACCAAAAAGAGAAAAGCCUUUCUCACAUGAAAAACAGAGAAUUCAGACACCAUGAGCCCUACUGAAAAACAAACUGGAAAACAAAAUCCAAAAAACAGCAAAUAAAGAGAUAAAGAACUCAGGAGUAGAGAAAUGGCAAUGAAAACUGUUUAUUUAUUCUAUUUAAAUGUAGAAAUAAUACAGAAUAUCUUGUCGAAAUAAUACAAGAAAGGGUGAAGAACCAGGCCUGGUUGUACAUGCGUAUAAUCCCAGGACGCGGGAAGCUGAGGCAGGAAGAUCACUGCAAGUUCAAGGCCAGCCUGGGCUACAUAGUGAGAAACAAAAAAAGCAACUGUGGGUAAAAUAGAAUUGUUAUAAACACAGACAAAAAUAUAUAUAGCUAUGAAGCAAGGAAGUACAACAGGAAAAGAGAAGGAAGUAUGAGAAUGUAAUAUCUUUCAAAGAGUAGAUCAGCAAAUAUGGUUUCAAAUUAAAAGGAGCUGUGAAUAUAGAAUACUCCAACUUCCUAAUGUCUUUCAUAAGACUUUUUUUUUUAACCUGAGAGAGAUAUUAAGGAAGUAAUUCUUAUGGACAAAAAAAAAUUGAGUUCAGCAAUUCCUUCAGAUUUACUUUGGUUUUUUCUUAAUUAGAAUUAAAAUUAGACAAACUGCAUGAGCGUGUGUAUGUAUUUAUGAAUCUGGAAAGGCCUGUGAGAUCCUGUUCAUUUAAUGUUAGUGAUGAUAAUAUCCAGAUGUUGAGACUACUUUUAUACAUUAUUUUCACUUUUUUAAAUGUGCAUGUUGAAUUUUUACAGAAACGAGUGACAUGUGAAAAAUAAACUAGAAACAAAUCUACCAAGGUGUUCGUGAUUGAUGCUGAAUGGUGGAAAUAAAGAUGUGAAAGGAAGGAAAGGACUUACCAACUAACAAAGAUGCUUUUGAGCCGCCAGACCUUAGCCAUCAGAUUGCUUACCUUGUGCUUCACGGUAUAUGUGAGCCUAGCGUUGGAUGCUUCACAUGAUAUCCCUGAAUCUGCAGAUGAAAAUUGUGAUUUCAAGUUGGCAUUUCGAAAAUAUCAGCUGAUCUUAUCUUGGGAGUUGAAAAACCGCUCCAUUGUACCAACUCACUCUACAUUCCAGUACACAAUCAUGAGUAAAAAGGAAAGUAUGAAGACUGUUGAGAACUGUACAAAUAUCACCAGAUCAUUUUGUGACCUCACCAAUGUGUGGCAAGACAUGCAUGAGACCUACAUCCCCAUGGUGGAAGAAUUCAGAGGGGAGACACUGUUGGUCCAGUGCCUGGGUAGCAUCACGGCCUUGAACUUGUCUUUUGAGCCACCAGACUUUGGGAUCAUUGGCUUUGCAGACCACAUUAAUGUGGUGGUGCAGUUUCCACCUGUGGCUCCCACAAUAUAUGGGGAGGACCUACACGAUCAGGCAUCACUCAUCAUUAAGGAGCACUCAGAGGACAUUGAUAAGAGGCAUGAACCCAAAAUAAGUGGAAGCUUUAGUGGAAAUUUCAGCUAUGUCAUUAACAAUUUAAUUCCAAACACAAACUACUGCAUAUCUGUUUAUUUUGAGCCAAGAAGUUCAAGAACAAUAACAAAACCUCCCUUAAAAUGUGUCCUCCUUCAGCCUGCCCAAGAAUCAGGGUCAUCAAAAUCUGUCAAAAUAGUAAUUGUUAUUGUGAUUUUUGUGUCAGUGGCCAUAAGCAUCAUCUUAACACUGAGACAGAUUGGAUAUGUAUGCUUACACACUGAAUUUCCCAAAGUCUUGAUUUUUCAUAACUUUGUAGUCCGGAUAUUUCCUGAACUACCACUGUCAGAAGAAGUGAAUAUCCUGGAGGUCAUUUCCAUCAACAAAAAGAAGAAAGUGUGGGGUUAUAAUUACGGCGAUGAAAGUGACAGCGAGGAUGAAGCGCCACUCAGAACAAUUGCCGGGGGUUACACCAUGCAUGGCCUCCCAGGCCGGCUUCACAGCCAGGUCCGAACCUCCCCAGCCUCCUCCCAGGCCUCCCACCUGGGGGACCCAGCCGAUGAGGAGUCCAAGGAGCCUGAGAGGGAGACUCAGCCCCAGCCCCAGCCCCCUGCAGCCCAAGGGCCCAGCCCAGGGCAGAAGGAAGGCACAAGUGAACCCAGUGAGAGGACAGAAGGUCUGCCCCAGGACCCCUGUCCCAAGGUUGACGACGGCAACUCCUCUGGGGGAUCUGGGGAUAAAAUGACCUUCAAUGUGGAUUUGAAUUCUGUGUUUUUGAGAGUUCUCCAUGAUGACGAAGAAGACUCCGAAGAAGCUGCCCUGGUGUUACCUCCUCCAGAAGAGGUUGUCGACCUGGAAGAGGAUCCCCAGGAGAUGGAAUCCAGCCUUCUAGUGCCUGGUGGGGAAAAGCUACAGGUGUUGUUUCCCAACCUCCCUCCCGAGUGCCUCUGGACUGGAGAUGAUCUCUCUGAUAAAAGUGACACCAGUAGUUCUGACGUGGACGAUAUCAGGGAUGGUUAUAUCAUGAGAUGACUCCAAAGUACUUCAUUAACCUGAACUGAGAAACACCUACAGGGUUCUCUCCUGGAGCCCUAAUCUGCGGCCUUGUGGUCUGCCAAGUGUCCUGUGAGGAAAGGAAUAGGGAACUAUAGAGUGCCCAGUUCUUCAGGUGACCUCAUCUAUGCAAAUUUCCACUAUGGGAAACAUAGCGUCGAGCCUGUCCCUUCCACUCCCUUGAUGCUAAUACGUCUCGUUUGUGCAUCUGAUUUCCCAGGAAGUAAGGCCCUGUUGGGUUUUCAGAGGCGUUUUGAGAAAUAAUUAAAUUGAGCCAGGAUGAAAGUGGGCAAGAAAACACUCAGGAGCUGUGGGCAUUGUUUAGCAAAUGGAGACCCUUUUGCCCACAAGGCUCCAGGAAUGAGUAAUAAAGCAGGCUGGAGAGGAGGCGGAUGCAUAAGAACAGGGCACCUCUCAGAUGUUAGGUUGAUUCCUGCCCUCUGAAAACUCCACACACAGCUGCUUACCUAGCCCAGUUUAAGUGGGGAAAACACAUGCAUUAAUAACGAAUCAGGCAGAUAAUUAAAGGAGAGGGGUAAAAUCUCAGCGCCAUAUUUUAAGAGAUCCUAUUUGGCAAUUUAAAAAGUGUUCUAUAUGCUGGUUCCACGUGGCCUCUGUGGAAAUACAGUUGCUGUGAUUCUAGAGAAGCGAGGUUUUAGAAUGCUGUGUACCAAACAGUACAUGGACUGCUGACAUUUUGUUGUGGGACCUUGGGCUUCUGGGCUUAGCCUUUCUGAGCCUCAGCUUCUACAUUUUUGAAAUAAAGGGAUUGCACCAGGCAAUCACCAAGAUCCUCUGAAUCUUGGAGAAAACAUGCAGGAAUACUCGGAAAUGUUGCCAGGCAGUUAGGCUCUCCAGUGGAUGAAAGGUUCGGGGUCCUCUCUCCCUGCCUCACCCCAAGAGCUGGUAUCUCAGAAACCACACACACACACACGUCGGGGAAUAAUACAGGAAAUUCGAAAGGGGAAAAACAACAAUUAUACCAGUUUUACUUUAAGGACCUUGAAUGGAUGACUGAUGUAAUUUCUCUGUCCUCUGAAUACAUCGCUCAUGUUUUGAAUACUUCCAGGAUGAUCUUUUGAGAUAAGUUCCCUCUAACUGUAUGUGCACCUGUGCACUUUUUAAAAAAAUUUUUGUAUAGUGGUUGGAGUUUGUGUAUUGGUGAUACAAGAAUACUUUUUUAUACAAA